AUGUUAAAAAAAAGAAGUAGAGAAUAUUAUGAAGAAUUACCAGAAGAAGAAAUGGUUGAACAACCAUUAAAUAAUGUAAAUAAACCAACAACAACAACAAUUCAAAAUAUAAGUAAUACCAGUAGAGUUAUAAAAAAUAUUAAGCCUGAUACUGAAUUUAUAAAUGAUAAAACUUUAAAUAUUUUAAUGAAUGGCUCAAAAACAAAUAAUAAUAAUAAUAAUAAUAAAAAUAAUAAUAAUAAUAAAGUUACAGAAGAUGUUGAAUUUACAAAUUUAAAUCCAAAUAUACCAUCAGAUUAUUUUUCAUGUCAAAAUUCAACAAAAGGAUCGUGUAGAAAUUGUAAUACUGAACAAAAACUUAGAGAAUGUCCAUCUUGUUAUGGUAGACUUUGUUGUCAAUGUGCACAUUAUUGUGAAACUUGUACAGAAGUUAUUUGUUCUUUUUGUUGUGUAACUGAUGAUAAUCAUUGUGAUUGCAAUGAAUGCAGUUAUAGCCAUUCUCAUGAAGUAGAUUAUUGUAUUGACUGUAAUAGAUAA